AUGGGGUCAAGCCCUCAGCUGUUCGCACUCGCCCGUCGGACUAGUCAUGAUUACCUGGCAGAGGGGCAGAGUCACAAAGCAGACAGUAUUGACCUGCCAAUGGGAGAAGACAGAAAAGCUACACAGCCAAUGGAAGAAAAAGGGGCGGGGUCAGACAUGAUUUAUACCAUCGAAGACGUUCCACCUUGGUACCUGUGUGUUUUACUAGGACUUCAGCAUUACCUGACGUGUUUCAGCGGGACUGUAGCUGUCCCAUUUCUUCUGGCUGAGUCCAUGUGUGUUGGUCAAGACCAGAACACCAUCAGUCAGCUGAUAGGAACCAUUUUCACCACUGUUGGAAUCACCACCCUGAUCCAGACCACAGUGGGGGUCAGACUUCCUCUCUUUCAGGCCAGUGCAUUUGCUUUCCUGAUUCCUGCUCAGGCGAUCCUCAGUCUGGACCGCUGGAGUUGUCCCAGUGAGGAGGAGAUUUAUGGGAACUGGAGUCUUCCUCUGAACACCUCACACAUCUGGCAUCCCCGCAUGAGAGAGAUCCAGGGCGCCAUCCUGGUGUCCAGUGCGGUCGAGCUGGUGAUCGGUCUGUGUGGGUUGCCAGGUUUGCUGCUGGAAUACAUCGGUCCACUCACCAUCACUCCAACUGUCUCACUGAUUGGCCUGUCUGUCUUCACCACAGCUGGAGACAGAGCCGGUUCUCACUGGGGCGUGUCAGCACUGUGUAUUUUGCUCAUCGUGCUGUUUGCUCAGUACCUGAGAGCGACAUCACUUCCUGUUCCUUUUUACAGUCGAAAGAAAGGACUGACAUCCACCAGAGUCCAGAUCUUCAAGAUGUUUCCUAUCAUCCUUGCCAUCAUGUUGGUCUGGCUCGUCUGUUACGUCCUCACUCUGACCGACCUGUUGCCGAGCGACCCUGAUCGCUAUGGACACAAAGCUCGGACCGACGCUCGAGGUGACAUCAUGACUUCAUCACCCUGGUUCAGGGUACCCUACCCCUGUCAGUGGGGGUUGCCAGUGGUUACGGUUGCUGGGGUGUUGGGGAUGUUAAGCGCAACCUUGGCAGGAAUUGUGGAGUCAAUUGGAGAUUAUUACGCCUGUGCUCGUCUGUCUGGAGCCCCGACCCCUCCGGUCCACGCCAUAAACAGAGGGAUCUUCACUGAGGGUGUUUGUUGCAUCAUCGCUGGACUUCUAGGAACAGGAAAUGGCUCCACCUCCUCCAGUCCAAAUAUAGGCGUUCUUGGCAUCACCAAGGUGGGCAGCAGACGGGUGGUGCAGUACGGCGCCGGCAUUAUGUUCCUGUUGGGAUCGAUCGGGAAGUUUACGGCUCUGUUCGCCUCGCUGCCGGACCCGAUCCUCGGAGGGAUGUUCUGCACACUGUUCGGUAUGAUCACAGCUGUUGGUCUGUCCAACCUGCAGUUGGUCGAUUUGAACUCGUCUAGAAAUCUGUUCGUUCUCGGGUUCUCUGUGUUCUUUGGUCUGACGCUGCCGACGUACCUGGACUCACACCCCAAUUCCAUCCAAACAGGUCUGGCAGAACUGGAUCAGAUCCUUACAGUUCUUCUGUCCACUGAGAUGUUCGUUGGAGGUUUUUUGGCGUUCUGUCUUGACAACACAAUACCUGGUUCCCGACAGGAACGAGGUUUAGUCGAGUGGAGAUCUUCCUCCUCCUCCUCUUCCUCCUCCUCCUAUGACCUUCCUUUGGGAAAGGGCGUGGUCAGGCGGACUCACUGGCUCAGACGGUUUCCGAUCAGCCCCUCUUUCAGAGGUUUCAGGGCAUCUGACGACCCACCGACACCUGAGGAGGAGGUGGAGGAGGAGCAAGGAAGAGGGGGAGAGGCAGAGGAAGCUGCUGAUGUCCACCUGACCAGCACUAAGGUGUGACUGUGAU